AUGGGUAUAAAGGAGUUGUGGAAUAUACUUAAGGGUUAUAAUACUACAAAAAGACUGCCAUUUAGUGUAUUUGUAACCCAAUAUCGCAAGAAAAAUGGCAGGGCUCCUAGGAUUGCUAUUGAUGCUUUCCAGUGGCUAUUUGAAUGUGGGGUUUUUAGUAAUUCCGAUCAAGGUGACAGAUGUACUUCUCCUGUUAGGAAUAUAAGCCGAAAAGCUGUAUUGAACUUCGUGACUAAGUUGAAGGAUUUAAUGGCACUAGAUGUGGAAUUUGUGCUAGUGUUUGAUGGGCUUGAAAAGCCGGUUUUCAAAAGUCAUUCCAGGACUAAGACAGGUAAACAGCUGGAUCGUGAUGAGAGAGGAAGGUCGCCCAAUAGGUUCCCAAGGCAAUUAGACCCAUUAAUUGAAGAAAUACUAGAAGUAUGUGAUUCUUUCAGGGUAGAUUAUAUCAUCGCUAGAGGCGAGGGCGAAGCUCUGUGUGCGUGGCUGCAGUCCAAUGGAGUUGUUGAUUAUGUAUUAAGCAAUGAUUCUGAUAGCAUUGUAUUUGGAGCAAAGAAAGUACUGCGUAACUUUUCCAAACAUUUCCAGGACCUGCCGAGUAGUGGAACGAGUCCUAUGAAAAAACAUGUGACUGAAUAUUUUGUGAGUCUCAUUGAUGUAGAUGAAUUGAGAGCUAGACAUCCUACUGUGAAUGAGAAAUCGUUUCUCCUUUUUACAAUUCUAAUAGGGGCUGACUAUAGCUCUGGAAUCCGGCAUCUGGGAUAUAAAAGAGCAUGGGCUAUCACACAAUGGUCUAACGGUAGAUUGUGCGAAGAGUUCGGUAACUUCUGCUCCCACAUCAACGACCCAGUUGUAGUUGUUGAUGAACGAUAUGACGCUUUUAAGAGAAGUAUGAUUGAAGCAUGCAGGAAUAAUUCAAAGGCUAUAUUCGGGCAAAAUAUACAGAUGUUCAGUAGAAAGGAUGCGAUCAACUUGUUCAACUGGCCAACAGUCGAACAUGUAAAAAGUUAUUACGAGCCAAAAGUUCUCGCCAAAGAUUUCAAGCAUACAUUGUUUCGCAAUACGAAUAGUGCAAGUGGUUCUGCACAGCCGAUGAUAGCUGCGAGAGAACUCCUGGAUCGCAUGGGUGUAUCGUCCAUUGUCAAAGACUUCGAUCAGUGGACUCAUACUUUAUUGCAUUCCUGUGUUUUAUUAAAAGAGUUACUCCAUGGUCAUAAUAACACGGAAGAAACGAUGAAAAUUACAGAAGAUAAAGUGCUAAAAUUGUAUGAAGCUUUCACAAUUGAGCUUUGGAAAGUAAGAUUCAAAAGCUUUUUACCAUAUCUCAGUGAGCCUGAUAAAACGUCGACAGACUCUCCAGUGGGGCGCAGUCCUUCUCGUAGACAACUAGAUAUUAUUGAAUAUCCAUAUGCGCAAUGGCUGCCCAAAGGCUUGAUACCAGAAACUCACUCCUUGGUAUUAUCAUUCAGAGAAGAACAAGAAUAUCUAAGCCGAACAGCAAAAUCGCCAUCGAAGAAAAAGACUCCAAAGAGACAACUAAGCACGCUAGACAGGUUCCUGGACUUACCAGAAUCACCAAUUAAAAGAAGAAAUAUAUCUCAACAACCUCCCGUGAAGAUCACACCUAUAGCUCUCAAUGAUACAUCUUCAAGUGAGGAUGAUAGUUCGCUCACCAUAUUAGACUCGGCACCACCAAGUUUCCCCUCACUUUCUCCAUUAAAGAGACCGCUUACACAGGACAAUAUGGGCGCCAAAGUACCAACUGAGAAGCAAGACAAUGUCCUCCUGGAACUAGCUGAUUUAGAGGAACCUGCGCGCAUACAAAGAUGGUAUCUAUUACAUUUUAAAUACUCACCCAACAAUACACUAGAUCAGAAGGCGAUAUGGGACCUUUAUUUGCGAUUCCUGACUACAACAUUGGGCAUACAGAAUAACACAAUAGAAUUCCACGACCUUCCACAUUUAUUAGAUGGCAUAUUACCAGACGUAACUAUAAGCUUUUCUCGUAAACGAAAAAACGGCUAUACGUUCAAAAACAUAAAAGAAAUCAAACCUGCACCAAAUAGUGAUAUUAGCAUCCAUAAGGCAUGCCGUAGACUUCUUUUUCAUGAAACUAAUUUUGAGCCACCCAAGGAAUCGGAUUUGCCCGGGGUGAGACCUCAAGAGUCACAGAUUAGUAACCCCGCAAGAUCUGCCAGCUCAAAUAAAACGCUACAGCCAUCUUCAACGUCAAAAAUUGAUGCGGAAAGCAGUCUUGAGAUACUAAACUAA